GUUUCCUGUUUCGGUUCGCGAGCUCCUACAGCUGUUGUCUGCUAUGUUGCGCCUAUGUAGUCCAUAUUUUGAUGACUAGUCAAGUAAAUACACCUUUUGCGGAGGGCACGUUGAUCUAAGCAGAGGAUAAGCGGUGCAGGUGUUUUUCUGUAACCGACGCAAGCUCGGAUCAAAUUUUCAGAAGGUUUGGUACGCCAUGGUACGUGGUUUUUCAUUCCCGUACACGAAGGUUAAAAGUAUUGCGGUAUCGCAGCACAUAGUUCAUUAGCUACCAUACAAACUCGACAUGGAAGACAUCCUAAAUAAAAUCCUAAAAGAGUCGUCCACGAAUAAGCAACCGGCGCUUCGACAGGCAUGUCAGGAUGCGCAAGAGAUACUGGCCAGCCAACAUGCUCUCAUACGAAAUCCACCGUAUGAAGUGAGGCAAAAAUGCUUUGAUGCACUGCAAUUAGCAUUGGAAUCAAAAGAAAAGAAAUUAGUUUCAUUGUCCUUAUGUGGAAUACAGCAACUUCUCAAGGAGAAGCUUUUCAAUCCAAAUUUUGAAUCUGAAAAUGAAGAACUCUGGCUUCCGAAUCAACUAACAAGGAGCAUUGCAUCUAUUGUUUCUCAACAUGAAGAUGUUCAACUGGAAGGCCUUAAGCUAAUCCUGCAGUGCACGUGCUCAAAUGGCUGGUAUCUCUCUCAAAAUGGUGUGCAAGGAAUCCUGCUACUGUGUAUAGGUAUCUACGGAGCAACAACAUCUGUGCCAGUGCGCACGGCGGCUCUCGCAACUGCUGGGCAGACUGUACAGUCGUAUGUGUCAUUCAUUAUGGAAGCCAGUGAAGAUGCAGAGGAGCAGGGCACAGAGGAUGGACAACAGCAUUACAGUGAAGAUGCCGUUGGCCAGCUUUCACCAUACGAUGAAGUCGUCCCCGUGUUGGCAUUUAUUUGUGAGAAAUUAAAGGAAGAUAAUCGGAGUACUUCAGACUCUAUAUCACCAUUACUGCUCCAAUGCAUCAAAACCAGUUUCUCUUGCUUCAGAGGUGACGUUAAGAAAAGUUCUGGAUUCUUAGAUUUUGUGUGGCAGCAAUUAUGCCCAAGACUGGUGGCUUGCCUGGGUUCGCCACGAAAGGACAAAAAUAUUGUGUCUGCUCAAAGGUUUGAGAAGGGGGAGAUGGGCCGCGGAUCUGGCUGCUUAGCAGCAGCUCCGUCCUGCCACGGUGAAGAGGCAAAGCUAGUGUACAGCAUUGCUUUAGAACUCGUGCGAGUGGUUGGAGAAGUCGGGACGUUGCGACCUGUCCUGGGAUCUCUGUUCCACCGCAUGCUACUUUAUCCUCCGCCACAACAUUGCCUGGAGGCACUAAAGUUUGUCAAAGAGAUGUUGAAGAGCUCAGAACAGUUGCUUCAGUUCGCAGGUCCGCCGUUGUGGGAUGACGUCAAGAACAGCCGGAUUAGUGACUUGGAUCUCUUGAAGAUUGUAGUUGACGCACUGGGUGAAUGUUGCCACAGCAAUGAUGCUGCUGUUUGCUACGUGAGCGUUGCGUGUGUUUCAUUGCUUUUAAUGACCUUGGAGAAGCUUGUAUCUGGAGAUGGCAUACCGGACAAAAUGGCAGAACGCAUCAACAGUUUGUAUCCCUCGUUGGAGAGCGCAGACUACGUAGAGGCUUUCCGGGGUCAAGCCAACUCACCAAAGGAAACAGCAUUGAUGAGCCACGCAAAAGUUGAACAUGCAGUAAACGGCUGUUGUCGUUCUGAUUGCCAUGCGACGUCAAGGGAGUGUACAGAGCAAAUCCAUACCCAGAGCAGCAACAAUGGGACUGGGAGGGAAGAUGGUAUAGACAACGAUGGGACAGCACAGAUUAAGGACGUAACUGAGUCAGUGGAAGACAGUGAGCUGGUAGACAAGCCUGGUGACAGAGCUAACUUAGAAAUAAAGGGAUCCGAUGAGCGGGAUGCUCAAGUGGUUGCCGAAUGUGAGAGGGAUUCCCUUGAUGUGGAAAGAGAAGAUUUCAAUGAUGCUGCAUCCGAUGCAAGUUUUGACGCAAGUUCAGAGAGCAGCGAUGCACCCGAAAUAGAUAUGCUGGACAAAGACGCUGGCAUAGGGUAUCCAUCAGGGCCAGACAUGGAGAACAUACAACCACUAUUGACAGAGACAAACCAAUGUGAGCGAGAUCGACUUGAACGGCUGUUCGAGUCACACAACGAGUUUGCCGAGCAAGAGAGAAAGAUGGCCCGAGAGUUUACUGUUCGCUUGUCACAGUUCCUCCCUAAUCUGCUGCAAGUUCGCAGCUGCAUCGAGGCUGACCAGGAGAUGCAACAGUUUUCCAGUGACUAUGCUGAUGCAUUAUGGCAACAGCAGCACCCAUCUGUUCUUGCAAGGAGCUUUCCUCAACAUAUUACCAUAGUGAAUGCAGAUGGUAUCUACUUGGCAACCUACUAUGGCCUCCUGUUCAACCUCAAACUUAUCAGAAGUGGUUACUAUAAUAACCCAACGACUUCAGUGCUCCCACUUAAGGAGUCACAGUUCAUCGAAGAAGUCCAUGGAAGCGGUGUACUGGUUUACGUCUCGUCGUCUUGGCUCUCUGAAUUGUACCGGCAGGUCAUGGUGCACAACUUCCUUAGCGACGCUGGCUAUGAACUGGACACCAAGUGCAAUUCUGCUCUCAUCAACCUCCUCAGUGACCUUGGACCCACAACUGAAACCCUGGAAGGGGCGCCUGUUUCAGAUGUGGAUGGCCUGGGAAGCACCAGACAAGGUGCUCAGCAGCUUUCAGACUACCGCCGUCUAGAACGGGCCACAACGCAUCUUGAGAUGACCUCUGUGAUGGCUGCGGGAAUGAAAUUUUCUCGCCGUGUUCUGACAGCCUGCUGGGACACCAUGUUGGAAGUGCUGUCUGUGCUUUUGAACGGGACCAACUCAUGUGGUGUGAGUAGCUCGCUGGGCUUUCUUCUGGGUACAGAUAGCGCAAAAGAGGAGCAUCGCAGAGCCAGGGACGCAGUGGCUGACAGUCUUGAUGGCCUCCAGCGUGCUGCAAAGCUUUGCAAUACCCUCGGUUUGCAGUCACGGUGUGGAGCUAUAUUUGCUCUGCUCGCUGGGGCGUCCUGUCCACUUUCAAGUACACCGUCGAUGAUCCAAAGCCGUACAGCCUUAUCCAAGAAAGCGAGGAUAAAGAAAAGCGUGUUGCCUGGACGAAGCAAGUCACUUCGGCUCCACACGUCCCACGUGCUUAGUAUGGAGGUUCUUCUCAGCAGGGGCCUUGAACUGGGCAGCCACAGUUCCAGCUGCUGGCAACAUGUUUUCAGGUGUUGCUGUUAUGUGCUAGAAUUGGAGUGGAAUUAUUUUCAAGGAAAAUCGGCGGCAGCGUGUACUCACCUGCAAACGCAAACGUCUUCGCAUGGACAGGGUGGAAAACAACAGUCGAUAUCGCACCCGGACAGCCUUGUUUUACCCCCUGUACCAGGAAGCUAUGGGGAAGAGGAACCAGGGCCUGUCAUGAUGCCUGGAUCCCCGAUUUUACAAACAAUCAAUGUAGCAGACAUGGUGAAAAAUCUAUCCACAACUGCGACAGGGUCAUGCAUACUGAAUGCAAAGCAGCUGAAACCUAUAGUCGAAGCACUUUCACAGUUAGUUGAUAGGUUGUUUGACGAAGCUGCUGGUAAGCUAAACCUAUGUGCCUUGGUAGGAUUCCUAUCGGAAUUGUGCGCUGCAAGUCGAGUGCAGCUCUUCAGCAAAGGUUACGGGCAGUCACUUUGUGUUCAGUACCCAUUGUUGCUGCUUAAUCGGCUCGGCGAAGUCAUGCUGCGGUGCGCCCGUGGUGGGAGACCACUCAUACACGUCAUGAAAGCGUGGAGCAUCGUGGCACCGCAUUUUGUUGAGGUUGCGUGCCAUAAGGAUCCAGACAUUGCAAAGCGGGCAGUGGGGUCGAUUCACGACAUUGUUGGCGCUCUUCUCUCUGCCCACACUGAGCUACCUCACUUUCAUCUGAACGAGGCUUUGUUCAAACCCUUUGAAAACAUCCUUUGCCUAGAACUGUGCGACGUAGACGUUCAAGAGCAGAUCGUGAGUUGCAUCUGCGAGUUUGUCGAAGGUUCAACCGCGGAAAUUCAUUCUGGUUGGAGGCCUUUGUUCGGAGCCCUGCGCGCAGUCCGCAUGCCUGAACCCAACGUGGCUCUGCGGAAUUCGUCGCCGGAAAGCGAACGCGAGCGCACGCAUCAUCUGAGGGUGGUACUCGAUGUCUUCGACGCCUUCCUUGGUACAGAUAACCCUCACGUUUUCGCCAACGCUGCUGUUGACUGUCUGCUGUGCCUUCUGAAGCACGUACGCGGACCAGCCGAGCUUGAGGGUCUUUGCACGGAGAACAGUCUUCUCGCCGACAGUGACGACAUCCCUUUGGACAUGUGCCAGGCAGCGCUGAAAUACUUGGAGAAAUCGGCGGGCAUCUUGUCAUCUCUGUACCUGAUGCCUGCGUGUCCCAUAUUUCAUUCUGCGUUGAGGAUCAAGUACAAAUCGGAACCCAACUGCGUAGAUGAUUCUGUUUCCGGAAUGGAAUUGAUCAUCUUCAAAGAUCCAGAGUCUGCUUCGCGCGCUUCAACCGAUGGUGACCAGGCGAACGAGAGCGACAAGGAGUGGUAUAUUCAGGACUUGUUGGAUAACUCUAUGCCUCCUACGUCUGAUUUCACAAUGGUAUCUCUUGAUGAACUUGACCGACCUACUGGAGUCCUGCACGUCUGGUUUCUACUGCUAGAGGGCUUGGCGGGAGCUGUUUCAACAUGCCCUCGCAAGUACCAGUCUAUCACCACAGAUACGCUGUUUCAGCUGUUCAAGAGUCUACGUUCAGUACCAGGCCCGGAAUUCGGAGUGUACGCAGUGAACCACGUACUACUGCCUAUGAUGCAAGGCUGGCUCCGGAGGACUUCGAAACUUGACCAAGGGUGGGACGACUUCGCUCCGAUGUUCAAGCAGUGUUGUGGGUUGGCUACGGAACUUGUUGUUGACUACAUAGUCGAGCUGUCAGCAUCUGGAGUUCUGCAAGAUACGAGAGGUGCUACUUUUAUGGUGUACCAGUUGGUGCUAGUCCUCACGGAGUGCGUCGCCCAACCUGCAGAAUCUAUAUCCAGAUUAGGGUGCGCAUGCAUUCGGCAUCUCCUAGUAUGUGGUGGACCCUCCAUGGACAGCAACUUGUGGCGUGUGGCGUCCGGUUGCCUGCGCCGCGCGUCAAUGAUCACGCUACAUGCUCUGCAGCAGUUAAUGGUGAGCUUCCACGCCGACUCCCACAACUUCUACGGCGACGUGGGCCAGGUCAAAGUGGCCGUCAGGAAGGAUUGUACCUUGCAAGAGGCUGAGCGCUUGCGUCAACUUUCGCAACAGGUGUUCCUGUUGGACGUGCAGCGUGUGACCAGUGCCACAAAGAAAGCGGAAGUUGCGUCAGGUAUUGAAGACGACCGAUCCUACAUAUUCCUCCUCCACCCGCCUGAGGCCGCCACCAGCGACACUGAUGGAUGUACGAUACGCGUUCCUUUCCGUACUCUGGUGGUGAGCUUGCUUUCGCAUCAAAUCCUACUCCAGACGCUCGCUACUGUACUUCUAGAAGGAACGCGCUUCAAGCUGCCGACUUUAGCAAUUGUGCUAAGCUUUGGUGACACUGCGCCAAAGGACAGCUCCGAGUUCAGGUUGGCAGGACAGUUAAAGGCUAUUCCGGAACCACAACUGCGGUCCAUCCUCGAAUGCUUGGACGAGUCUUUUGCAGCAGCAUCAGAAUUCGACAAACGUCCGGGCCUCAAGUUCCUUGUGCAAAAAGUGGCAAAAGCCCAAGUGGCUGCAAACCUAUUCAAACAAGCCGCAGUUAGCUGGGCGAUUCACGCAAUUGUGCUCCUUGAACUGUGCCUGCGAGCUGAAACCCUCGCAGACUUAUCUAUAAAGAGGGUCAACGUCCUGGCCGCCUGCAACGGUUUACCCGAUCCAGACCACGCACCGGUCAAGAGCCCUCAAGAUACUGCGAAGAGGAACAGUACUUCUCCAGGAGCCGAUGAUGUCGAGACUGGAGCUCACGUGAAGGGUCACAGUGAGGAUUGUCAAGCGGAACUGUCUGCUCUCUCUGAGGGAUCGUCGAGCUGCAAACAUGCUACGGGCGUUGUGUCGCAUACAGUUGCUCACAGUGAUGAGAAAGUGCCCUUGAACCCGUACCGCCGCCUCAAGUGUUUGUUCGAAGACUUGUGCUCUCAUUAUGUGCAGCUCGCCGCGUCAGAGGAUAAUGCCGUGCCGUGUGGCACGUCCAUCGUAGACGAAGUAGGGGACCAGCCUAUAUUUUUUCUUAUCGCACAACCUGACAUCCUGCCGGAGAUCUUGCCACCGAAGAAGGACCAGAUGAGAAGUGACAGCGUUGCGAGUGGGCCACCCGCGAGCGAAGGUGGUGUUCUGUGUGGUAGGACAGACAGUUCCGAUUCGUCGGAUGAGGAGGAUGAAGCUGCAGACGAAGGGGACAAGGUGUACUCCGUUGUGACGCAACGUGCUAUCGACUCUAUGGUCUCGGAGUACAAGAAGCGCAAGACGCAGCAUGUCAUGCCGCCCCCAACAGCAUCACUUUCCGGGCACCACGAUCCGAAGACUCGAAGGAAGAAAUCAAGUUCCGCGAGUCUCAGGGAAGGACCGCCAGGGUCGCCGCCUUUGCCGAAGGAGGUAGAAUCACAACGCAGGAAUUCGAUCAUGAAAGACGCAGAAGCACAUAUUCAGGUCUGGUCUCAACUCACCAGAGCAGUGCUGGAGCUUCACUUGUCCCUUCCGGAAUCAGAGUUCCUGUCCAUGGUACCAGUCUUCUAUUCUGGCGUGGAGACGCUAAUCGCUGGACACUGCUCCGACAUGGACCUUCGCCUUAUCACGGCCGACUGGUUUCGCAGGGUAGCGCUUGCCUUGGGCUUCUCCGGUUCGGGAGGAACCGCAGCAGAAGCACGACACCUAAGCGCAUGAUGCAGUUCCCGAGAACUAUACAGCGUUGUCUUUGGUCGUUCGCAGGGACCCAUAUAGUUCCCUAUCCAUUGUUCGGUAUUCUACGUGUGUGCCUUUUUGAGGCGUUACAGGGCCGAUUUCUUUUUACCUGCCCUUAUUUUUUGACUAUAUCCUGCCCAUGUAUUGAACAUUACGAGAUCCAGUACUUCAGCGCCCGCGCACGUACAUGGAGCUACCGAAAUGACUUGGACCACAUGAACGUGAUGUUUGUGCAUAAUGUCUGGGCCGUGCCUGUGUACAGGAUUUAGAUUGUAAACUCAGCCCUCGGUUCUGGCAUUUUCUGUUUUCUAUAAAUGCACCUGUAUAUCUGUGUUUCGCUAUUAGUGUACCCCUCAUGCUUCCACUGGUCUAUGACUUGCAGGUGGCGCCGUGCGUUGUAGCACUCUGCCGGGGUAUGGUAGCUGGUGGGUACUCGGAACUAGUACCGUCAUGUUAAGAAUAAAGUGGUACUCUCUAGAGUCCUCAGUAGAGGUAGCUCCAAGAAAGGCUGAGGUCAUUUAUGUACAUCGUAAUUUAUGAAGCACUGGGAUUGUGAAAUGUCAGAAACUACAUUGCACCACUCUGGAAGCGGGACACUUUUUACACUGUCGGCAUCAUUUUUCAUUUACGAACACUUUGCGCCCUUCAGUUGCGCUUAUAAAGAUGGGCCACCACGUAAAACAUCAUCGACAAAACGUUCUGCUCUCCCUAACCAUCAUUAUCGGGCACAAACACAACGACUCAAAUAGGCGACGAAACUGAUAAAAAGAAUGCAGUGCUCCUUUGAUGCCUGAAGAAACAUCUCCCAUGCAUAACGUAUUCUAUGGAUAUGUGUUAGGCCUGCUUGGCUUUUCGGGACUUUCUACGAAGAAUCUCUGUGUUGCCAUCUGUAUAGAAGCGUCCUUUCUGCGUUGCCGACGACCGCGCUCCGCCUCAGCCCUAUUAGCUAUAAUUGAAUCUGAUUUUCGGAAACGGGCGAACCACACGCCCCAGACUAGUCCCAGAAUGAAAGCAAGCGCGCACCAAGUCAGCUCUCCGUAGAUGUGCAUCCCAGGAGCUUUGACGUCACCGGACCUUUAGCUAAUGACAUUGGGAUCCGUACGAGAGAGGGAGCAACGGGGAGUGGGAAUCAAGAGAGCAACGGGGGAGAGGCGAAGCCGAUGCUGGAAUACGUGCGCUGUGGGAGAGGACACUGCCUGUGGUUUGAUGUAAGGGAUGGUGGCCUCGCCACGUCACGCGAAAGCACUCGAACUCCAAAGUCACUCGUAUCGUUAGAAUGCAUUCUGCACUUAAAACACGAGAGGUAUAUAAAAAAAUAGCGGUCUCCCUGCUGAUGCAACCAGGACUAAAGCGAUAGCAAUCGUUGAACUGCCAAGAAAAUCCGGGGAUAAUUUUCUAUUGCGCGUAAUGGUUUGCAGAUAUUGGUCAAAUGUAUUGAGCAGAACUGCAAUGAGUUAUGUUUUAAUGCUAGAGAGGAUAACGGCGACCUUGGGUUUGGUGCAAAAAAAUAAGAUCCACUGACCCGAAUUAGAGGAUAACUUUUUUAUUCAGGCCGAUCUUGUUUGUUUGUCUGUUCGUUGUGUACACGCGGGUUUAGCAUAUUCAUAGUAAUGGGUUAUUGUGCUGAAAUACGUUAUAUAAUCCGUGCACUUCAGCGUGGUCAGUCCUCUGCAAACAGUAUCAGUGUGUGUCAAGCUCACAAUCGAACUCAAAGUCGAUUGUCGUGCCGUUGCCGGUGGUAGGCACCUCGAGUGAAUGGUGCAUAAAUCACAGUACAUUAUUAUUAUUUUUUUGUCGUGUAUUUCGAGAGCCAUUGAUUUUAAUGAUCUGAAACAGUCAUGAAACCUGUACGACAGGCCUGUCUGGAUUUAUUGCAACGCGUAGACAACGGCCACCAACAUGGGAAGUCCGAGAACGACCCCUGCCAUAAACGCUUCUGCGCCUACAGUCCCCGUGAUGCCAAGAAUCGUUCGGGUUGGGUUUUCGGCGCAGACCACAGUAAUUUCUGAGGAGGCAGCACAAUAAUGCUAUCGCGUUAAAAGCCGACUUCGUUGUGGUCGCCUGCUAAGUAUUCUCAGAAAAAAAAAGAAAAGAAAAGAACGACAGAUGGCGUAGUUGAGAUUUUACGGGAUUCGUACCAUCGAAAUUGGGCAUUUGAUAGGAGUAAGAAGUAGCGGGAUGAGCCAAUUUGUUCCUUCGUUCUUUCGUGCGUUUUUUUAAAUUUUUAUGGUAAAAUAUUAAACUUUGUCUGAGAGGAACGUAAAAAGGACACCGGUUCGAGUGCAACAAAAAAUAGACAAUCUGGGACGCAAGAAGCGCUUUGUGAGCAUUACCCAAGGCAGCACAUGUAGUAGAGAUCUCGCACAUGUAGUAGAGAUACGUUGCAUUGCCUUAUUAUAGGCAGCAUUUAUUGUGACCGGGGCCACCUUAGAAGUAGCAUUUAGCUUCUACUUGAUGCGCAAGGCACGACAAUCGCGAAUCCCUUCUUCUUGCAGGUAACCCAGACCAACGGUGAAACCUUUUUAGUGCGCUUAGUGUUGCCUUGUAUUUAAUCGAAGGCUUCACUCACGUGAACAUCCAGGGAUGGUGCUGGGACGAUGUUUACAUGACUAUCUGACCUAAUCUUCUCAUGCAUAUACCAGCAAUUAUUUGCAGAGUGCUGUUCCUUGUAGAACGUAACUCAUGGUCUAACUUACUGUGCUAUGCAGUACGAUAACGUGUGCAUCAUGCAUUUCGUGCCAUACUACUGUGCUAAACAGUUACUAAUUCUGCGCCUCUACAGUUAUGACGCUGAAAUGAUCAUUGUCCUGACGGCUUUCCUUGUGUUCCAUGCCGUUUGUGUUCAAUCCAGAUUACAGUACCUAACACGGAUGUAUAUUAACUGCAGCACCAGUGGUAGGCUACAUUGUCGCUCUUGAUGAAUAUUGUACUUUAUGAGCAUGGGUGUUGGUAUUAUUAUGGUGGUGAUAAAUUGUUGUUUACAA